UCCUGGGGCACUACUGCACAAACAGCCGCCCCGUAGACACGAUAACGCAUCAAUUUUAAGUGCCACCAAAGUUCCCUUCAGCAUAAAUCACAACCCGUCUCCGAAGGGGUCGAGAAGAGCACGGUACACGGUGGGCAAACUCUUCUGCGACGGGGUUUCGAACCAGAGAUCACUGCACAGCAGCAGCAGCAGCAUCAGCAAGGAUAAUACCCAACAUCGAAACACACAGUUCAACAUCCGCUCCACAGGUGUAGGCCAAACCGUGCCACUUGCUUCACCGUGCCGUGGCGGCGCAUGGCAUCCUAAUUUAUUCGCCAAAAUCUUGUGGUUUGUGUGGUGCCCAUUUUUCAUCCAUACUGAAGGUGGGGGAAGGGACAGGAUCAUUCGUAGCUGUUGCGUAGAGACGGCCAUCAAGCUUACUAGAUCAAGGGCAAUCAGGCGAAAGUUUAGUAGCGCAAGUCCCCCGAGAGUAGGCUGCCCGUGUGUUUUUCACCCGCUCGACCGCAUCGUAUGAAGGGAUAUUGGCAGGAUACGCAGUGCCAAAUCGCCAUUCUGCUGCUGUAGCAGUGUUUUGUGCAGUGCACGCGCGACAACAAACCGUGUGCGCGAUACGCAUAUUGCUCGGUGCUGGAAAUUUUAGAGCAAUAAAGCACACGCAAACACACGGUCGAACGGCAGGCCUCCCGAACUAUUUUGUGAGUGAUUUCCGCUGCUUUCUUCCUUUAUCGGACCGCAUUCUGCAACAGUCAACGCUCGCUGUUGCUCCACCGUUGUUCCAGGUUUUCUUGCUCGUCCCAAGAGAAGAUUGGCAGGGAAGCAUUCCAUUUGUGUACGUCCGUGCGAGUGUAUCUGUGUAAGUGAAUUUGUGAGUGUGUGUUGAAGAAAAUGUGCAACAAAUGAAUGAGCAGCAGCAGCAGCACCAGAGUGGUUCAAUGUCGUACGUGCCCCAUUUAGAUCCAUCAGCUGCCGCGCAUGAUACCGCCAAUGACAGCAUCGCAUCCGCUGAAGUCAGCUCCCGUUAGCGUCACCAGCCGUGUGAUACGAGUGUCAGCGGUGGAAAAUAAGGACACACUGUAGGACAUUCGCGCAAGAGACAGAGGAGGGAGGCACGUAUCACGCUACAGCACAUCUACGUCAUCACACUACACACGCUCGAGGGGAUCGCUGCCUGCUGCGGUGGAAUUUAACAUUUCAAAAUGCUUCCAGCAAACGUAAUGUCGUUCAUGAAGAAGAUGGUUGCUACCGAUGAGGCGUCACAUCAGCAACCAUCGAUGGAGAACACGGGCGCGUUCGGGAAGCUGAAGCAAACCCUUUCCACAUCGCUGCUGACGGCCCAGGACAGAGUGAACAAAAUGUCCCCGCGCCCAUCGCUGGUACCGGACGCGACCGAGACGCCACAGGACGAUCCGUACAAGGAUGCGUCUGCCAGCGAGAAGACGGCGAGCGAAGGCAACAAGUUCAACACACGGUCCGGUUCGUGCCGGAUAUGUUUGAAAUCGUUUAAACCGAACGACUUCAAAAAGACCUGCGUCGAGUGUGAUCAGAAGGUUUGCGAAGACUGUGCCAGCUACAGCAAGCUACAGGACUCGGAAGACUCGGAUCUUUGGCGAUGUAGCGUCUGUCGGCGAAAGAUGGCGUCCCGUAUUUGCAUACCGCAAGAAUCAACCGACUCCGCCCUGGAGGUACCGGUUAUGGAGACGCUACAGCGACGCCAUUCAGACAUCAAGCUAGGCUUCAACCAGCAUCUGGACGAUGGCAAGGGUUCGGCACUGGCCCCACCCCGUAGCCCCGAGCUGCGUCGCCAUUCGGACGUUUCGCCGGCGUCGCUGAAGGAGCUGGAAAAGCUGAAGGGCGUCCAGAACCCGAAGAACGAUAUGGACUGGCGCAAGGGUCACAGUGCCGCACCGAGCCGAUCGUCUAGCCCGCCCGGCCGGAAGGAGAUGGAGCUGGGAACACCGCGCGUCUUUUCCCGCCGGCCAUCGACCAAGAUGUCGCGCCAGCGCAGCUACGACGACGAGUUCAAGACGAUGAGCUCCGACACGAAUCUGGCCGAGGCGGGCCUCAACCUGCCGCCCCCGAUGCCCAGACGCAAGUCGGCGUACGACGUGUACGCGCCGGGUGUGCUGAUUAACGCGAUGCAGUCGGUAAAGCUGGCCCCGGACGAUUCCGAAAAGAUCAGCACAUCGCGCCGCGCGUCUAUGAAGAUGAUGGUGGACGGAGGCGAGUUCGGUGGGGAUGACCAUACGAUGGCUGACAUGAAGGCGGCCGGACUGAUUGUGGACGAUGAUCGCCGACACAAGCGACGUGGAUCGCAGUUACCCGACAUACCGGCACUGAAAGACAAAACUGCCCAGAACUCUGCGAACAUAUCAGUCUAUCAGUGCCCGGCGUUGGAGGACCUGGAGGCACCGAAGCGGCAGACAUCGCUAGACGGCGAAGGCAUCAAGAUCGUGAUACACGAUGCCGACGCGGGGCCACUGUGUGCCGCCAAGCGGAGCGUCCUACUGCGAAGAGACCCAUCAGAUAAAGCACACAGAACACGAGGAUUUGGAAUGCGUGUCGUCGGCGGUAAAACCGGUACCGAUGGACGACUCUUUGCGUACAUCGUGUGGACCGUGCCGGGUGGACCAGCAGAGAAAGGAGGUCUCCAACAGGGCGAUAAGAUCCUGGAAUGGUGCGGAACCUCUCUCACCGAUCGGAGCUUCGAGGAGGUAUGUGCCAUCAUGGACCGCACCGGUGACACGGCCGAACUGCUGGUCGAGCACGCAACCGACUUUAAGAUGUGCGAGCUGCUCGACGAGGGCGGCAUGGGCAUGAACGUUAGUUCGAACUACAGUAGCAGCAACUCGACACGAGCUUUACCGGACACUAAUGUGCAUACGCUAGCAUCAGAAAGUGAAGCAACGAUGGACAAAUCGCCCUCUUCGCCGACCAGACGCAAAUUGCCUAAAACACCGGAACAGAUAGCAAAGGGCAAGUUAGUGUCCGGUAGGGUUCAGGUGCAUGUUUACUAUCACGGCGAGCGAAACGAACUUGUCGUUUCGGUGAUGGCUGCCGAUGACCUGCCGGAGCGCGAUGAAUCGCUGGGCUAUGGCAUGUAUCCCGAAGCCUAUGCGUCGAUCAAGUUGCUACCCAAAACGAACGAAUCGCAUGUCGCCCAGACCGAAGUGUCCACUCCCUCUCUGAAUCCCAUUUGGAACGCGACCAUUACCUUCCAGGACGUGUUCAGUGACAAUCUGUUAGACCGUAAGAUAGAGAUAGUGCUCUACGAUCUGUUGCCCCACUCGGAGCCCAUCUUUCUCGGCGAGUGUGCGGUGAAGCUGCAGAAAGCCUGCCUGGACGAUGUGGCCGUCUGGUACCGGCUGGAGGAUCCGAACCAUCUGCGCGGCUCCGGUCCGGUGCCGCCCGCCCGCUCCCGGCGCCGCUCGACCACCGGCUCCCAGAGCUCGAUCGACGAAAGUUCCGCCUCGUUCGGCCGGUACGGCAGCACCGACGGCACGCGCUUUCAGCGCUCGAUCUCGGACGAUGUCGACAGCCUGGACGAGGGCCGGUACCUGCUGCAUCCGAACUGGUCCGUUUCCGGGAGCCGGCGCGGCUCGACCCAGUCCGAGAUACAGAUGCAAACGCUCGAGGUGCACCAGGUCGGGAAGGAUUACUCGAAAUCGUUGCCCGGGUCGCGCCGAUCCUCCUUUCAGGACUCGAAGGAUCAGCUGGCGGUUGGGCCGGUGCCGCACGGCUCGCGCCGCUACUCGACCGGCCGCACCGGGCCGGGAGCGGGGGGCGGCACGGCCGGUGGGCGCGAUGCGCCGCCAACCGAGCGGAAGCUCUCGUUUGGCGGCACGAUCGGCGGGAUCGGUAGCGGGGGAGGAUCGCGGACUGAAUUUAUGCGCACCAUGAGCCUUUCGCGCGAGCUUGACAUGAAGAAUCGCAAAAAGAAGCGCCUGUUUUCGUAAGGAAAACGGAAACCCGCAAACGCAACGAAACACGUGACACGAAGAUGAAAACGGCACGAACGAACAGGAUACCAGAAGCACAAUCAAGCAAAGCGCUCCACCAUGUGACAGUGAUCGUACUGUGGUGGUGGUUGCGGUGCUGCCAACACACACAUACACACAAAUGGUUUUGAAACUUAGACAAUGAUUACGAUGACGAUGAGGACGAUGAUGAUGAUGAUGAUGAUGAUGGAGAUGUUAACGAUAUCCACACAAAGCAUAGGUAACAGUAAAGUGUAAGUCGACGGAGCCGAUGUCCUGCGGUAGCUAUGUAACGGCACACCAAGGCGAGAAUGGGAUUUGGACGCGGCAUCUGGUGGAACCGUAGCCAUUGAUCAACGGCAUAAAGAGGGCAUAUGCAGGCGCACUGGUGGCUAAUUUAUACACAUUCAUCAUCCUUCUCGUUUAUAGAGGCAUGUUUUUGCCGUGCGACUAUGUCUGCACGAUCCGUUUUAAAAGAUUAUAUACAUAUUAUAUAUCAUGUUUUGUGUAGCAAAUAUUUCAAAAGUUUACAGAAUAUCACUUUCAACACAUGUUACUUGCAUAGGAGAACGAAAAACGAAAUAAACUAUAAUUCUGGUAUAUUAAACCUUUACAGAUGCAA